AUGUCAAAGUUUCACCCCCUUCACGAACAAUUAUUAUAUGAAUGGAAAUUAAAACUUUCGGAGACGGAAAAAUUAUUUCAAUGUCCAACACUCAAUGGGAUUUUUAAAGAUGAAACUGAAAUUUUUGAUAAUUUGACACAAAAUUUGCAAGUCCAAGAUCACGAUGAACCUGCAAAACCUUCAUCACAGGACAUCGAAUGCGAGGUAGAUUCGCAUUUAAUCCAAAACAUAAGUACAAAAUUAAGUAUUGGAAAACCGGAUGAGAUUUUACCUGAUUUUAACAUUUUAAUGAGACUGCCACAUGCACAACUUAAUAAAAUAUUUAAAGACUUGGAAAUUUCCCAACUUGAUGACGUUGUCCUAGCAGUUUUGUGCAAUGAGAUUGUUAAACAUAAAGACAUCGCGUAUCAAAAUUACGUUGUGUUUUUUAAAUAUGGUUUGUUAGAAAAGGUACGACACAUAAAAUCAAAGCCUUCACGUAAUUUCUUGGCAAAUAUUUCGCAUAUCGCAAAAGCAAAAAGUAAACCGAUGGUUUAUGGAUUAUUAUUACCUUUGAUUAUGGAAUCUGAUAUAUCACAACCUCAAUUAGAAGUGAUUACUCGAAUAAUCGACAGUGGAUUAAGUGAAGAGUCUAUCAUUGCAUUAUUAAA